AUGGACCAGAAACCCUCGCCAAUCACGCCUCUCCUCCACCACCAGCAUCCGUCUUCUUCACCAGGAGCCCCAGGGCCUCCAUCGGUAACCCGGCUGCAAUACCUCGCCUCGUCCGCCGUCUCAGCUCUCCAUCUGCUCCGCAGUCUCGCCCUGCUCGCCAUCCCGAACGUCGUGCUCGCCGGGUUCGCCGUCCCCGCGUCCGGCCCUGGCCUGGUCCUCACCACCGUGCUGGGCCUGAGGGACAUGCUGCUCGCCGGGCUCAUCCUCAUGGCGGAUCCCCAGCGCAGCUACGAGGUCCAGCGGGCCCUGGGUGUAGCCCUGUUCAGCGACUCCAUCGACACCUUUGUCCUCAUCUUCGUGGUGGCAUGCUCCUCCGGCCGCAGGAACCCCGUGCCCGAGAUUGUCUCCGUCGCGCUGCUGGCCAUCCUCGAGCACCUGACCCUGUGGAGCUUCGGCGACGAUGACGACGACGACGACGACUAUGGCCGCCCGGGCCCUUGCUACCAGGCCAUUGUCCGGGUCGACAGGCUGGAGGACAAGCGCCUGCGCCUGGGCAUGUGGUUGGAGGAUCUGAAGCGCGCCGAGCAGGGCGAGCAACAGGCUUUGCUUUCGAAAUCUUCUGCACAUGAGCCGUAG